AUGAUUUCAAUAUUCAUCAUUCUUCUAUUCAUUAGCAAUUGUGAAGCGCAAUUCAAAUAUUCUCAAGACUCUGGGGGCCAUACAGAAGGUUAUUACGAAUACUCGUCACAGGAGACGCUGGAAUCGCCGCUAAAUAUAUCAAGAUAUGAACCUACCUAUUGUGGGCCGAUUGAGCAGGAGAAAGUCAAGGAGUGUGCAGAACCAUUAUAUAAAAUGGGUGCGUUAUCGGAAAAUUCACAUUAUAUUGGAUGGGAAGGAUUUAUGUUUAAAACGAAGUCUUAUUUUUCCGAAGUUUGCGAUAAUUUCUUCUUGUUCGAUAAUUGCAUUGAUCCAUAUAAGAAUGUUUGCUUCGCUGCUGAUAAGGCUCGUAUGAAUUAUGAUGCGGCGCUGAAAAUUCUCGAUUUUUUGUGUCGUGAUGGAUAUGGAGAGGUUUUACGCAAUUUCGAAUGCUUCACAAGAACAAUGACCCGAUCCGAAAUGAUGCAGUGCCAAGCGGAGCUAAUUGCGGAUACUAGAAAAAUUUCGGAAAUUCAUGGGGAAGGAGAAGCAAGCGAAACAGCUGUUUGCGGGGCUAUGAGAAAUUAUAUUGAUUGUGUAAAAUAUCCAAUUCGUUAUGAAUGUGGUUAUCGCGCUUGGCAGCUCGUACGCGAGAUGAUUUCCCGGCCAACAAAAGCCCUCCUACCAACCUGUCGUUUGAACGCUGCUAAUAAUUUUGUAAUUACAUUUUUCAACAUUUUGUUGUUCAUCCGUUACUUUUUCUAA